CGCUCGGCCUUGGCGCUGCCCCCGGGAAGGCAGCAGGGGCGGUUGAGAAGUGAAGUCUUGGCCGGAGUUUGCUUCUUGCCAGGAAAUCCGCGGCGGCGGCGGCGGCGAUUCCUGGAGGAGCGGAGCCGGGCAGGCUCUCCGCUCCCUCAGCGGGCCGCGGAGAGCGGGAGCUGGUGCCGAGCAGCGGCGCCAGGAGCCCGUGCGCGGCCCGGGCAGCCGCGCUUUCCCAGUGAGUAAGUUUGCCUUGCCCGCCUCGCUGCGCGCCCUCUCGCCGGCUGCGGGCAGCCGCCUCAGGUGCGGGCGUCAGCUGGGUGUGGGGCAGCGCCGCGCCCCGGGAGGCGGCCGGAGCGGCGCCACAGCUCGCCCUGGAGCCUUGGUCCUUCGCGGUUGUCUUCGCUCACCCGGGCUGCGGAGCUGGCGUGGACUCGGGUGUGGGGCUGGUCCAGGAGGGAGAGUCGGCGCCUGGUGCCCGCCGCCUGCAGGCGCCCGGGAGGCGGGCGGCCUCCGUCUGUUAGCGUUUGCUGGUUCCGGCCACCGUGGUGCAGAUCUUGGCGUCGUUUGCUUCUUAAGGGAAGGGAGAGAAAAACACACCUUGACUUUAGUCAGAUACAUCACCGUCUGUUAAAGGAAACCAAGCCUGAAGUGGAAGUCUAACACAUGAGGAUACAGAAUUGAUUAAAAAUGGGAACAACAAGUGAUGAGAUGGUGUCUGUGGAACAGACCUCCUCCUCUUCUCUGAACCCCCUGUGUUUUGAAUGUGGCCAACAGCACUGGACAAGAGAAAACCAUUUGUACAAUUACCAGAAUGAAGUGGAUGAUGACCUAGUCUGCCAUAUUUGCCUUCAGCCUCUGCUGCAGCCACUAGACACACCCUGUGGACAUACAUUCUGCUACAAGUGCCUCAGAAACUUUUUACAAGAGAAAGAUUUCUGUCCGUUGGACCGGAAAAGACUUCAUUUUAAGUUGUGCAAGAAGUCUAGUAUUCUAGUUCAUAAACUCCUAGACAAAUUAUUAGUUUUAUGUCCAUUUUCUUCAGUGUGCAAAGAUGUAAUGCAACGCUGUGAUCUGGAGGCACAUCUCAAAAACAGAUGUCCUGGAGCUUCUCAUCGGAGAGUUGCCCUGGAGAGAAGGAAAACUAGUAGAACCCAGGCAGAGAUUGAGAGUGAAAAUGGGCCCACUCUACUAGAUCCUGCAGGUACCUUAUCUCCAGAAACAGACUGUUUGGGGACAGGCGCAGUGCCUGUGGAGCGGCACUUGACAUCAGCGUCUCUUCCCACAUGGAGUGAGGAGCCUGGCCUUGACAACCCUGCCUUUGAGGAGAGCGCCGGAGCUGACACCACACAGCAGCCACUUAGUUUACCAGAAGGAGAAAUCACCACAAUUGAAAUUCAUCGGUCCAAUCCUUACAUUCAGUUAGGAAUCAGCAUUGUGGGUGGCAACGAAACACCAUUGAUUAACAUUGUCAUCCAGGAGGUCUAUCGGGAUGGGGUCAUUGCCAGAGAUGGGAGACUUCUUGCUGGAGACCAGAUUCUUCAGGUCAACAACUACAAUAUCAGCAAUGUGUCCCAUAACUAUGCCAGAGCCGUCCUUUCCCAGCCCUGCAACACACUGCAUCUUACUGUGCUUCGAGAGAGGCGCUUUGGCAACCGAGCACACAACCAUUCUGAUAGUAACUCUCCACGAGAAGAGAUUUUCCAAGUGGCUCUUCAUAAACGGGACUCUGGUGAACAGCUUGGCAUUAAAUUGGUGCGAAGGACAGAUGAGCCAGGGGUUUUUAUUCUUGACCUGUUGGAAGGGGGGUUGGCUGCCCAGGACGGCAGGCUAAGCAGCAAUGACCGAGUGCUGGCCAUCAAUGGGCACGACCUGAAGCAUGGAACUCCGGAGCUUGCUGCCCAGAUUAUUCAGGCCAGUGGAGAGAGAGUGAAUUUAACAAUUGCUAGACCAGGGAAACCCCAGCCUGGUAACGCCAUUAGAGAAGCAGGAAAUCAUAGCAGCAGCAGCCAGCACCACACACCACCACCGUAUUACAGCAGACCAAGCUCACAUAAGGAUCUUACUCAGUGUGUUACAUGCCAAGAAAAACACAUUACUGUAAAGAAGGAACCACAUGAAUCCCUUGGCAUGACCGUUGCUGGGGGCAGGGGAAGUAAGAGUGGUGAGCUGCCCAUCUUUGUGACCAGUGUGCCACCCCAUGGCUGCCUUGCACGAGAUGGCAGAAUAAAGAGAGGUGAUGUGUUGCUGAAUAUCAACGGCAUUGAUUUGACCAAUUUAAGUCACAGUGAGGCAGUUGCAAUGCUAAAAGCCAGUGCCGCGUCCCCUGCUGUUGCCCUUAAAGCACUUGAGGUCCAGAUUGUUGAGGAGGCGACUCAGAACGCGGAGGAGCAGCCGAGUACUUUCAGCGAAAAUGAGUAUGAUGCCAGUUGGUCCCCAUCAUGGGUCAUGUGGCUUGGGCUUCCCAGCACACUUCAUAGCUGCCACGAUAUAGUUUUACGAAGAAGUUACUUGGGAAGUUGGGGCUUUAGUAUCGUUGGUGGAUAUGAAGAGAACCACACCAAUCAGCCUUUUUUCAUUAAAACUAUUGUCUUGGGAACUCCUGCUUAUUAUGAUGGAAGAUUAAAGUGUGGCGACAUGAUCGUGGCCGUAAAUGGGCUGUCGACCGUGGGCAUGAGCCACUCUGCACUAGUUCCCAUGUUGAAGGAGCAGAGGAACAAAGUCACUCUGACCGUUAUUUGUUGGCCUGGCAGCCUUGUAUAGAUUUUGGAAAUUGGUUUCAAAUCUUGCAUCUUCCUUUUUUAGAUUUUUGAAAGAAAACCCUUUGGUUUCAUUGUGUUUGUGGUUUAGGAGCUGCUGACACUGCUGGUAUACACAGGGCCAAAACCCACUAAGAUUGUCCGUUUAUGUUUAUUUAAAUGGUUUCCUAAGUUAGUUACAUUUCUUUUAGCUUGGAAACAGUCUUCCCCUAACCUUUGUGAGUUUAUAUUUUCAGAAUUCAGACUGUUACCUAUGGUAAUGAGCAAAGCUCACCCAAACUGUGCCCCAGAGUAAAGACCUUCUGGUGGGUCUUUGUUUUCAGUAACUGAAUCAUAGAAUGAGUUCUAUAUCCCUCAGGCCUGAUGUCAGCAAAGCCAGUAACAACAGCGUGUACUGCCACUGUCAUAACCAAUACCAUGGAUGAAUAUACUUUAAAUUUUGGUGAUAACUGUUGCCCUUUUUUUUUUUUUUUUUUUUUUUUUGAGACAGAGUCUCGCUCUGUCACCCAGGCUGGAGUGCAGUGGCGCAAUCUCAGCUCACUGCAAGCUCCGCCUCCUGGGUUCACGCCAUUCUCCCACCUCAGCCUCCCGAGUAGCUGGGACUACAGGCAUGCGCCACCAUGCCCAGCUAAUUUUUUGUACUUUUAGUAGAGACGGGGUUUCACCGUGUUAGCCAGGAUGGUCUCAAUCUCCUGACCUUGUGAUCCGCCCACCUCAGCCUCCCAAAGUGCUGGGAUUACAGGCGUGAGCCACCACACCCGGCCAUUCCCAUUUUUUAUUGGUGCCAACAUUUCAAAACUGUUUAUAAACUGUUUAUAAACUGAUUUUCUGGUUUAUUUCUACUGUAAUCUCUCAAUAUUCAUAGAAGAUGAAGAAAUAAGUCUGACAACACUAAAGAAAUUUCUUAAAUAAUAUACUAUUAUUAGAAUAGUAGAGAAUAAAAGAUAAUGUUAUCUAGUUACAAAGGCAUUUGGAUGAUAAUUAUAACUUAAUGUUAGAGAUGGUAAAGCUGCACUUACUUGAACAGCCCAAAAGCAUUAAAAAUCUAUUUCCAAAGGAAUGUUUUGCUAUGUAGGGAAAUUUUGAAGUAGUUUUUGCUAAAAAAUUAUUUCUAGAGUUGUGUUAUUCUUAGCAGUAAUCUUGGCUAGAAAUGUUUUUGUGAUUUAUGCGAUUAAACGAAAUGAUAAAGAUAAAACAAUAUUAUUAAAUACAUAUAUAUCACAGCUAAGUAGGAGAAAGGGAGACCUUUUUAUUUUAUUCAGGUAGGAGUAUUUCUUGUGUAUUUUAGAAACAAUUAUUUUUCCCAUUAUUUCUUAUGAGUUGUUUCAAGUAGGAGACAGAAAAGUUCUGUUUUAUUGGAAAUGUAGGUUUUAGAUGUAUCUUUCAGUCAGCUCUCGGUCACUAGACUAUUUCAUAUUUUUUGAAAUGGUUUUGAAAAUUAUGACUAGCCCAUUUUUUGUCCUUUAUUCAAUAUACUUAUCCUCUGAACACAAAUAAGUGAAUAAGAGAAAAAUAUCUUUACUUUAUUAAUAUUAUACAUACUUGAAAAAAGUUUCAUUUAGAAACCUAGUUCAGAAUCUGAGCUAAUUUACAAGUGACCUCUGUGAUAAAUGGUAUUGAUAAUCAGAGAAUGUAUUUCAGAAUCUACAGUACAAUAGAUUAUGAAGCAUGACCACUUUAUUUUGAAACUUAGCAAUUGCAUUGCUGGGGUUUAUUGUAUCUGUAGCGUGUCACUGAUUAUUUCAGUUAGUUUUAUAAUGAUUUUUUAAAAACAUAUCUAUUUGGAAUAAAUAAGAUACAGCAACAGUCAUUGCUACUGACUUGUUCAACCCCUUAGUUACACUGUAUGAUCAACAUAUAACAAGAUACAGUGGAAUGGCCCAUACAGUAUAUUACUGUUGUGUGAUGAUUGGCUUUGGAAGCAAUUUGAUUUUGAAAUGCUUUGAUAUUCUAAUUGACAUGGAACAAGUUUUUUCCCUGCUCCCCAAAUAGAAUUUUGUAACCAACUUUGCUAUUUUUUUAAAGUUUGUAAGAAUGUGUCAUUUCUUGGGGAGUAGCCAUCCAUCAACAAAUAUCCUGACUGCUACUUUGUUAUAUACAAAAUACUUACAUUGAACCUGGUGGCAUAAUGAGUAUUUUGAAAGAAGAAAUUUUUUCACUCUCAUUUUUAUAGAAAUCUUGGAGUCAGCUUAAGCUGUAGCUUUUAUGACAAAAGACAGUCAUUUUUGGUCAGAGUGAUAUUUGGUGAUGGAAACUUGUUCAUAAUUUAUUGUUACUAUAGAACUAUUUGGAUUUUCUCAUUUUUAGUUCUGAUAGUUAAAUAUUUCGGUUUGUUCUGUGCCUUCAGUUUAAAUUAUUUCAGGAUUUUUCAGAUGUUUAAAUAAUGGUGUGAAUCAUUCAGGAUGGAAAUAAAAGUCAUCCUUUCUGUAA